CCAAUAUUCUCGUUUUAUGUCACGCGAUUUAAUGUCAAGCAAAGAUAUAAGCCGUUCUGUGAAAUCAACUUCAUCCCAUGAGGCGCGAAGCAAAGAUAUUAUAAGGAAGCAAUCGGCAACCUCGGUCAAAUCCGCACACUCGCGUACCAGCAACCCGGAAAGAUGUCAGUGUGCUCUCACAUCAGUAAGUUCAACAUUGUGCAGAAUUUGCCACGCAAAUUCCACCAGUGAACAUCUAAUUUCGCCAUGCAACUGCAAAGGAACGCUAGCGUACGUGCACAUGACCUGUUUGGAGCGAUGGCUAAAUGAAUCGAGCAGAAACUAUUGUGAGUUGUGUAUGUUUCAUUACGAUGCCGUGCAGACUUUGAGGUAUGGAUUUUGGGAAGGAAUUUUGACUUGGGUACGGCAUCCCCGUAACAGAAUGCACGUACAAUCCGAUGUUCUUAUAUGUGUAUUGCUUACGAUCGUAACCGGUGGUCUAGUUUCUGUGUGCGUAUUGGGAAUGCAAUAUUUUGUGAUGGAAGGAAAAAAAGUAGGGAUCUCCAAAGCUUGGACUAAAGGAUCGGUUUGCUUUUUCCUAGGGAUCAUCGUUUUAGGGUAUCUAAUUACACUAUACUUGGUGAUUAAAGAUCAAGUUGUACCUUGGUACAGAUGGUGGAGAAAUACUUUUAACGUUCGUCUUUUACUGUCACCCUCAACUUUAGGGUUUUCGGAGACAAUUGUUUAGCGUACAUUUCAAUAAACAUUUUUUAUAAAACAGAACUAAGCACCUUUGAGAA